CAUGGCGGAGGCUGCGGAUACCCCACAACACCGGUUUUUCUGCCACUGCUGUAAAUGCGAGACAGAGCCCAAACUCCCGGAUCUUGUCUGUCCACGAUGUGACUCUGGCUUCAUUGAAGAGGUGGCAGCUGACUCCAGUCUGUUGCAGGACAGCUCGGCUUCUGCUGAAAGUGAAAAUUCACCCUCAUUCUCAGACUUAUGGCAGCUGCUGUUUAUGGAGCGCUCUGCUCUGCUGUCGCAUCCGCCGUCCUCCGAGUCCGACCCAGACGACGGCGAGCAGGCAUCCGCAGACCGGAGUCGGCCCUCUCCGGCGACGCCAAGCGCCCCGGAGGCCGGACAAGCAGAGUCGCCUUCCAACGCCGAGCAAGAAAGGUCGUCCAGGCCUGAGCAGAGGCCUGCAGUGGAAGGGAUUGUACAGCAGUUUUUGACGGGCCUGUUUGCCAACAGUGGAAACCCCGGUGGUGCACCAGCUACACUAUCAAGCAUGCUACAGCUGUACUCAAACCCAGGAGACUACGCCUGGGGUCAGGGAGGGCUUGACGCCGUUAUCACAGAGUUAUUAGGACAGCUGGAGAGCACAGGUCCACCCCCAGCAGAAAAGGAGAUGAUCUCAUCCCUGCCAACCGUUUGCAUUUCUCAAGAACAGACAGACUGCAGACUGGAGUGUCCAGUUUGCAGGGAGGAAUAUUCGAUAGGAGAAUCUGUCAGGAAACUCCCCUGUCUUCAUUACUUCCACAGUGGAUGCAUAGUGCCCUGGCUGGAGCUGCAUGACACCUGCCCCGUGUGCCGCAAAAGCCUCGACGGCGUGGACAACAGUCUGCCGCCGGCAACGCAACGCCCAGACGCCCGCUCUAUCCGAACAGACCAGCAAGAAGAGCAAGCGAUCUGAGAGACAGGGCAACAACUCUACCUCCUCUACUGUUUGAAAGACACAAGCCUCCCACCUCAGACAUUUUCAUCUGCACCGACUGCUUUUAAUAUAAUACAAAAAAAAAACAAACAAAAACCAUGACAUGCAUCAUGUCAUGGUUUGCAGCCGCAGCACUCACUUGAUUCAUGCAUCUCUACCGAGGACUUUUAUGUUUUCUACUCCAACAUAUGCGUCGUUUUUAUGCUACACCUCACACAGAGGGAUUGUGGAGCACUUUGCUGACAAGAUGCAGAGCUGCUGUGUCCUUCUCGCUACGCUGCCCCGCUAGGUGGUUUUCUGAAUGACUGACUUUGAUGCUAUGAACUAAUCACCACUCAGCUGCCGCUGGCUGUCAAAAUGAUGGGAACUGGCAGAGUUAUGGAGUGAAACUUUUCCAUUAUUGUCUUCGUAGGACAGUGCCUUAAAGCAGGUUUUGUUUACUUUUUACCAACUUGAAGCUGCUAUUAAAGUCUGAUCCUGUGAUGCUCA